AAGAAGGGAAGCUUCUUCUGCACUACAGAACAGAAAUAGCAACGCUUGCCCUGCAGAAUCUCAAAGAUGCGGAAGUUAGCAUCCCAAUUCGGCGCUUAUUUGUACAGAAGAAAACUGGGAAAUGUUCAAUCUCGCAAUUUCUCUUCAUCAAACUACGGAAAAGAUGACCGCUCCAUUGAAGAGGAAGCAGAAAGAAAAAUAGGAUGGUUCUUGAAACUUAUUUUUGCUGGGACUGCAACCAUUGUUGGUUACCAGUUCUUUCCAUACAUGGGAGAUAAUUUGAUGCAACAAUCUGUAUCACUUUUGAAAGUGAAGGAUCCCUUGUUUAAAAGGAUGGGAGCAUCUAGAUUAUCUCGUUUCGCAAUAGAUGAUGAGAGAAGAAUGAAAAUAGUGGAGAUGGGUGGAGUUGAAGAGCUUUUGAAUAUGUUAGUGGCUGCUAAGGAUGACCGGACACGCAAGGAGGCUUUGAAGGCUCUUGCUGCCCUCUGUCCCUCAGGUCCACUCUUGAUGAAGCAGUUGGAUAUCUACAUGGAGCUGGAGCAAUCUCAGUUAUUAGGUCUGUCCCUGAGUUCAUGGAGGAUGCUGAAAUUGGGAAAUACAAGUUGAGCUUGCUGGAGAGGUUCCAAGAUUUGAGAUAUGAUAUUUCAUCAUGAGAUUUGAGAUGUAGUAGCAAUACAACUCCUACAAUUAAAUUGCAGGCUUAAAUUAAUGUAUCAAAUCAAAAGGCUACAGCCUGCAAUGAUGGAGGGUGGAGGGGUCUCUAAAUUGCCAGGGCCCAGAGCAGAUGUAUUAUAAUAUAAGAAGUUAUUUGGGUCUAUGCAUAGACCAGGCAAGAAGUCUAUUUUCCCCCUGCAUUGAACAUAAAAAAUUACUCAAUAAAUUACAUUAUUCUAAAUGAUUUUAUUUUAA